GGCUCAUCACGCAUACACAACAUACACAGGUUCUGUUCUUCCACAGUUCGCAGAUAGAAUGGCCGAGCUGCUCUCGUGGCUGGCAUGGCUUAUCGCCUCCCUCCUUGCCGUCUCCUUCCUUGAUCACCUAGCACAUCCACGCCGCCGCGGCCUCCCACCGGGACCUCGCCCUCUGCCCCUUAUCGGCAACCUCCACCUCCUCGGUGACCAGCCGCACCGCUCCCUUGCGGGCCUCGCCAAGCUCUACGGCCCGCUCAUGUCCCUCCGCCUGGGCACGGUCACCACGGUCGUCGCGUCCUCCCCGGAAGUCGCCCGCGAGCUCUUGCAGAAGCACGACGCCGUCUUCGCGACGCGGUUUGUGCCCGACGCCAUCGGCGACCAUGCCAAGAGCUCCGUCGUCUGGCUGCCCAACGACUCGCCGCGCUGGCGCACGCUCAGAAAGAUUAUGGGCAAGGAGCUCUUCGCGCCGCACAGACUGGACGCGUUCCAGCACCUCCGGCGCGAGAAGGUGCAGCUGCUAGUCGACCACGUCGGCCGGUUGGCUCGCGCCGGCGUCGCGGUGGACGUCGGCCGCGUGGCGUUCGCGACGAUGCUGAACCUCCUCUCGAGCACCAUGUUUUCUUGCGACCUGACAGACCUUGACGACCAUGGCGAGUCCAAAGGGUUCCAACAAGUGGUGACGGAGAUCAUGGAGGCCGCGGGCUGUCCGAACAUGUCGGACUUCUACCCGGCGUUCGCGGCUGCCGACCUGCAAGGCCGGCGCCGGCGCUUUGCCGCGUUGCUUGCGCGGCUGCACCAGGCGUUCGACGUGGAGAUCCAUCAGAGGCUGCACGCCCGCAAGGCUGGAGAACCACGAAAGGGCGACUUCCUUGACCUGUUGCUGGACACCGAGAUGGACACCGAUGCCACGGGGAGGCUUGAUCAUGACACGCUACGGUCGAUCUUUACGGAUUUAUUUGCUGCGGGAAGUGACACAAGCUCUAGCACAGUGGAAUGGGCAAUGACGGAGUUGCUUCAAAAUCCAGUCUCAAUGUCUAAAGUUUGCAAUGAGCUUGCAGGAAUUAUUGGCUCAGGAAGAAAUCUUGAAGAAUCACAAAUUGUCCAGUUACCAUAUCUUCGAGCGGUUAUAAAAGAAACUUUUCGACUCCAUCCUCCUGCUCCGUUAUUGUUGCCACGUCAACCUGAGACAGCAACAAAAGUAAUCGGUUACACAAUACCUAAAGAUGCUCAAGUACUGAUAAAUGUAUGGGCAAUGGGUCGAGAUGCAAAUAUAUGGUCUGAACCAGAGAAGUUCAUGCCCGAAAGAUUUUUGGCAAAGACCGUCGAUUUCAAAGGUGGAGACUUUGACCUCAUCCCGUUUGGUGCAGGACGUCGGAUUUGCCCUGGCAUGCCAUUGGCUAUUAGGAUGGUGCAUCUGGUGCUUGGAUCACUGUUAAAUCAAUUCAAAUGGAAGCUUCCAGCUGAUGUUGAAAGAAAUGGAGUUGAGAUGGCAGAAAAAUUUGGGGUGACACUAAUCAAGGCUGUGCCACUCUACGCUGUAGCAACACCAAUUUGAGUUAACCAAUAGGUCAGCACAACUGUAUUUUGAUCAUUCUUAUUGUGCAAUAAUGUAUUAAGCACAUCAAACAAUAACGAGACACACACGCACCAACCGCCAGCUGCAUGUAUUUAUCCUAAACAUAAACAGGGUUUAUCAAUGGUUUAACUUUGUAUUUAGAUAUAUUUGUA